UAAAGUCUAAUAUCUUUCCCAAUGAGUUACACUCAUUUCCCAUCCAUCUAAUGGGUGCUGGCAGCGUGUUUCGAUUAUUCUUGGCUCCUGGCCUCCAUCCGACCAACUCGCUGUUGCAGUUUUUCUGGUACCCGUUAUCUCCACGACAGCCGAAUCCAAAGCUCUAAGAGCUGCUCGGCCGCUGGAACGAUCGGUGGCUUUUCCAACCCCGGGGGGCGGGGGUGUGAAAGGUGACCCUCAUUUCGUUUGGAAGCGGUAACACUUCACUUUAGGGUCACAUCUUAGUCCAGUUCCUCCAGAACAGGCGCUGCUGUCCGCCCCUUCCCUGCCCCACGAAGGAAUAGGUAUCCUCAAUCUUGAGACACGCUCCUCCACCUUCGAAAUCUUCUCGGUCCCGGUUCCCCAGGACUCAGCCUUCAGAGAGGCCAACUUCAGGUCCGCCACUAUCCCAGGAUUCCCGACUCCCGGUUUCCUGUCCUUCUCCCCUCCCAGCUCCUGGCUCCUGCGAUAGCAGCAAGAUGGCGGACGGUGGCGGCUCGGGUGAAGCCGCGGCUGCUAGAGCGUCUCCUGCACCUGUCCCCGGCCUAAACCCGACGCUGGGCUGGAAGGAGCGACUGCGAGCCGGGCUGGCGGGGACUGGGGCCUCGGUGUGGUUCGUGGCGGGGCUGGGGCUGCUUUACGCUCUAAGGAUCCCUUUGAGGCUGUGUGAGAAUUUGGCAGCGGUGACUGUAUUUUUAAAUUCAUUGACACCCAAAUUCUAUGUGGCACUUACAGGGACAUCUUCAUUGAUAUCAGGACUAAUAUUUGUAUUUGAAUGGUGGUACUUCCAUAAGCAUGGCACAUCUUUUAUUGAGCAAGUAUCUGUAAGCCAUUUGCAACCACUGAUGGGAGGAACAGAGAGCAGCAUUUCAGAACCAGGGUCUCCUUCGAGGAACAGAGAAAGUGAAACCAGCAGACAGAAUUUGUCAGAAUGUAAGGUAUGGAGAAACCCUCUAAAUCUUUUCAGAGGAGCAGAAUAUCGGAGAUACACUUGGGUGACUGGUAAAGAGCCACUUACAUACUAUGACAUGAACCUGUCAGCUCAGGAUCAUCAGACCUUUUUCACCUGUGACACAGAUUUUUUACGUCCUUCAGACACAGUUAUGCAGAAGGCCUGGAGGGAAAGAAAUCCUCCAGCUCGAAUCAAAGCAGCCUAUCAAGCUUUAGAAUUGAACAAUGACUGUGCCACUGCAUACGUUCUACUGGCUGAGGAAGAAGCAACAACUAUUGUAGAUGCUGAAAAGUUAUUUAAACAGGCACUCAAGGCAGGAGAAACAAUUUAUAGGCAGUCACAGCAAUGCCAGCACCAAAGUCCUCAGCAUGAAGCUCAACUGAGGAGAGAUACCAAUGUACUGGUAUAUAUUAAAAGAAGAUUGGCAAUGUGUGCAAGAAAGUUAGGAAGAAUAAGAGAAGCAGUAAAAAUAAUGAGAGAUUUGAUGAAAGAAUUUCCUCCUCUUACCAUGUUGAACAUCCAUGAAAAUCUCUUAGAAUCACUUUUAGAAUUACAGGCCUAUGCUGAUGUUCAGGCAGUCCUAGCAAAAUAUGAUGAUAUAAGCCUUCCAAAGUCAGCAGCAAUCUGUUACACAGCAGCACUGUUGAAGACAAGGACUGUUUCAGAAAAAUUCUCUCCAGAAACAGCCUCCAGAAGAGGAUUAAGCACAGCAGAAAUUAAUGCUGUGGAAGCAAUUCAUAGAGCUGUGGAAUUUAAUCCUCAUGUUCCAAAAUAUUUAUUAGAGAUGAAAAGUUUAAUUUUACCUCCAGAACACAUUCUGAAACGGGGUGAUAGUGAAGCAAUUGCCUAUGCUUUCUUUCAUCUUCAGCACUGGAAACGAAUAGAAGGUGCUCUUAAUCUGUUACAGUGUACAUGGGAAGGCACUUUUAGAAUGAUUCCACACCCGUUAGAGAAAGGACAUCUAUUUUACCCUUAUCCCAGCUGCACAGAGAUGGCUGAUAGAGAGCUAUUACCUACCUUUCAUCAUGUUUCUGUUUACCCAAAGAAGGAGCUUCCUUUGUUCAUCCAUUUCACAGCAGGAUUUUGCUCUUCUACAGCAAUGAUAGCCAUUCUCACACACCAGUUUCCUGAAAUCAUGGGUAUUUUUGCUAAAGCUGUGCUGGGACUCUGGCGCCCCCAACCCUGGGCAUCCUCAGGCUUUGAGGAGAAUACACAAGAUUUGAAGUCAGAAGACCUAGGUUUGAGUUCUGGCUGAGCCACGCACAGUUCAUUUGACCUUGGACCAAUCACCAAAUUCUUCUGAACAGCAUCUGUAAAGUGACAGUAACCCCUACCUCACAGGGUUGUUGUGAGGAUUACGUAUAUGCUAAAGCAUUCUGUAUAUGAAAAAGCUUCUUAUGAACAUUAUUGUUAUUCUUGGGGAAACCCCACCUUGGAAGCUGUCAAAAAGGACAACUGUAGAUGAAGUUGUCUUCCUUUUUUCUUCAUUCAGCUUAGCCUUUCUGUUUGGCCAGGGCUGCUUACAGGAGCUGUUAGGGUUGAAGUAAAGUCACCACAUUUUGGCUCCUUUGGUCAAAGAGAAAGAACUCUAAUGUCCAGCUGCUCCAUCCAUAUACCCAUAGAAUGGAAGUGAGUAAAGGAAAAUUUUAAGCCAGGAUAGUUAACAGUUAAGGGGCCAAUGGGAGAAUGCUUGCCUUGCAUUUGCAAAUCCAGAAUGACUAAAACAUCUUAAGUAAAUGAGGAAUAGCCACAAAGAUGCUCAGAGAUAAUAUAAGCCAUGAGUGGGAAGUGGGAAAAUGAGUUUGUAAACUCCUCUCUUUUCUAUCCCUUUACCUUUGAAGUCAGGGACAGGCAUACAGCCCACUGGCUAUUGCCCUAUACCUAUCAAUCAC